GAGUUGAGAGAACGGAGCGGACGCCAUGGCGACCAACAUCGAGCAGAUCUUUAGGUCUUUCGUGGUCAGUAAAUUCCGGGAAAUUCAACAAGAGCUCUCCAGUGGAAGGAGUGAAGGCCAACUCAAUGGUGAAACAAAUACACCUAUUGAAGGAAACCAGGCAGGUGAUGAAGCUGCCUCUGCCAGGAGCCUACGGAAUGAAGAAAUAGUUCAGAAGAUAGAGAAAGUACUUUCUGGGGUCUUAGAUACAGAACUCCGCUGUAAGCCAGACUUGAAGGAGGCCUCCAGAAAAAGUAGAUGUGUGUCUGUACAAACAGACCCUACUGAUGAAGUUCCCACCAAAAAGUCAAAGAAACAUAAAAAGCACAAAAAUAAAAAGAAGAAAAAGAAGAAAGAAAAGGAAAAAAAGUAUAAAAGGCAGCCAGAAGAGUCUGAAUCAAAGCCGAAAUCACAUCAUGAAGGGAACAUGGAUUUAGAAUCAGAUUCCUUUUUGAAGUUUGAUUCUGAGCCUUCAGCAAUGGCACUGGAGCACCCUGUAAGAGCUUUUGGGCUAUCUGAGGGCAGUGAAACUCCUGCAGUUGUGCUAGUACCUCCUGUAGUAUCAAUGGAGGUGUCACAGCCACACACCUUAGAAACUCUGAAGCCAGCUACAAAAACUGCAGAACUGUCCAUUGCAUCUACAUCAGUAAUCUCUGUGCAAUCGGAACAGACUGUGGCAGUAAUGCUGGAACCACCCAUGACAAAGAUUCUGGAUUCUUUUUCAACAGCACCGGUGUCUACUACAACAGUAGUGCUAAAGUCAUCUGAGCCAGUUGUAACAAUGUGGGAGUAUCAGAUGAAGUCUGUGCUGAAAUCUUUGGAGUGCACAUCUCCAGAGCCAUCAAAGACCAUAUUGGAGCUUCUAGUAGCAAAAGAGCUAGAGCCAUCAGAAACCCUUGUGGUAUCAUCACAGGCACCUAUUGAGGUACACCCUGAGCCAAGCACAUCAACAGCAAUGGAUAUUCCAGAGUCUUCUGAAACUGAAAACCUAAGAUUGCCAGAGCAGCCUGCAGAAAUACCAUCGGAGACUGCAGAUUCAUCCAUGACAAGAUCACAGGAGUUGCUGGAGCUACCCAGGCCCACAGCGUUGGAGCUGCCGGAGUCAUCGGUGGCCUCAGCGAUGCAGUUGCCGGGGCCACCUGCGACCUCCAUGCUGGAGUUGCAGGGGCCCCCUGUGACUCCUGGGCUGGAGUUACCUGGGCCCUCUGCUGCCCCGGUGCCAGAGUUGCCAGGGCCCCCUUCUACCCCAGUGCCUGAGUUGCUAGGGCCCCCUGCGACAGCAGUGUUUGAGUUGCCGGGGCCCUCGGUGAUAUCAGUGCCUCAGUUGUCACAGGAAUUGCCGGGGCUUCCAGCACCAUCCAUGGGGUUGGAGCCAACACAGGAGAUACCAGAGCCACCUGUGAUGGCACAGGAGUUGCCAGUGCAGCCUGCGGUAACAGUAGCAAUGAAGUUGACCGAGCAACCUGCGACGACGACAGAGUUGGAGCAGCCUGUGGGGAUGACAGCGAUGGAACAUUCUGGGCAGCCUGAGGUGACCACAGCAACGAAGUUGCUGGGGCAGCCUGAGGCAGCGAUGGUGCUGGAGUUGCCAGGGCAACCAGUGGAAACGACAGCACUGGAGUUGCCAGGGCUGCCUUCAGCAACUAGGGCACUGGAGUUGUCUGGGCAGCCUGUGGCAACUGGGGCACUGGAGUUGCCUGGGCAGCUCAUGGCAACUGGGGCACUGGAGUUCUCAGGGCAGUCUGGGGCAGCUGGAGCACUGGAGCUUUUGGGGCAGCCUCUGGCAACAGGGGUUCUGGAGUUGCCAGGGCAGCCUGGGGCGCCAGAGUUGCCUGGGCAGCCUGCAGCAACUGUGGCACUGGAGAUCUCUGUUCAGUCUGUGGUGACAAUGGAGCUGUCAACGAUGACCAUGUCGCAGUCCCUGGAGGUGCCCUCGACGACAGCGCUGGAAUCCUAUAAUACAGUAGCACAGGAGCUGCCUACUACAUUAGUGGGGGAGACUUCUAUAACAGUAGGAGUGGAUCCCUUGAUAGCCCAAGAAUCCCAUAUGUUAGCUUCUAACACCAUAGAGACCCAUAUGUUAGCGUCCAACACCAUGGACUCCCAGAUGCUAGCAUCCAACACCAUGGACUCUCAGAUGCUAGCGUCCAGCUCCAUGGACUCCCAGAUGUUAGCAACCAGCUCCAUGGACUCCCAGAUGCUAGCGUCCAGCUCCAUGGACUGCCAGAUGCUAGCGUCCAGUUCCAUGAACUCCCAGAUGUUAGCAACCAGCUCCAUGGACUCCCAGAUGUUAGCAACUAGCUCCAUGGACUCCCAGAUGUUAGCAACCAGCUCCAUGGACUCCCAGAUGUUGGCAACUAGCUCUAUGGAUUCUCAGAUGUUAGCAUCUGGCACUAUGGACUCUCAAAUGUUAGCUUCCAGCACCAUGGAUGCGCAGAUGUUAGCAUCUGGUACCAUGGAUGCCCAGAUGUUAGCAUCUAGUACCCAAGAUUCUUCUAUGUUGGUUUCAAAAUCUCCUGAUCCCUACAGGUUAGCUCAGGAUCCUUACAGGUUAGCUCAGGAUCCCUAUAGGUUAGGUCAUGACCCUUAUAGGCUAGGUCAUGAUGCUUAUAGAUUAGGGCAAGACCCUUAUAGAUUAGGCCAUGAUCCCUACAGACUAACUCCUGAUCCCUAUAGGAUGUCACCUAGACCUUAUAGGAUAUCACCCAGGUCUUAUAGGGCUGUUCCCAGACCUUAUAGGUUAGCACCUAGACCCCUGAUGUUAGCAUCUAGACGUUCUAUCAUGAUGUCCUAUGCUGCAGAACGUUCUAUGAUGUCAUCUUAUGAACGCUCUAUGAUGUCUUAUGAGCGGUCUAUGAUGUCCCCUAUGGCUGAGUGCUCCAUGAUGUCGGCCUAUGAGCGCUCUAUGAUGUCAGCCUAUGAGCAUUCUAUGAUGUCCCCUAUGGCCGAGCGCUCCAUGAUGUCAGCUUACAAGCGUUCUAUGAUGUCAGCUUACGAGCGCUCCAUGAUGGCUAACCGAUCAAUGAUGGCUGACCGGCCUAUGAUGUCAUCUUACUCUGCUGCCGACCGGUCUAUGAUGUCAUCGUAUUCUGCAGCUGACCGAACUAUGAUGUCAUCUUAUACUGCUGACCGUUCAAUGAUGUCUAUGGCAGCUGAUUCUUACACCGAUUCUUACACUGAUACAUAUACAGAGGCAUAUAUGGUGCCACCCUUGCUUCCUGAAGAGCCUCCAACAAUACCAUUGUUGCCACCUGAAGAGCCACCAAUGACUCCCCCAUUGCCUCCCGAGGAACCACCGGAGGGCACAGCAUUACCCACUGAGCAGUCCGCAUUAACAGCUGAAAACACUUGGCCUACUGAGGUGCCAACAUUACCUCCUGAAGAGUCUGUAUCCUUGCCUGAACCGCCUGUGAGUCAAAGUGAGAUUUCAGAGCCUUCGGUAGUGCCUGCUAGUUAUUCAGUGUCAGCAACAGAGCCUGCCAUGUUAGUAUCAGAGGCUGCCGUGACUGUUCCAGCACCACUGGAGCCAGAGUCUGCGGUUGCAUCAACACCUAUGGAGACUGCUGCAAUAACAGAAGAGCAUGAAGUUCCAGAGAGACCAGGGACUUACAUGGUACCUGAAACUACCAUGAUGUCAGCUGAACCAACUGUGUUAACAUCAGAGCCUUCUAUUAUGUCGGAGACAGCAGAAACCUUUGAUUCCAUGAGAGCUGCAGGACAUGUUGCCUCCGAGGUAUCUGUGUCUGUCCUGGAGCCUGCAGUAACUAUUCCAGAGCUGUCACAGAGUGCUCCAGAGCGCUCAGCCAUGGCCAUCUCCGCGGCUGCCCCAGAGCCCCCAGCUGUGGCUGUCCCUGAGCCCCCAACCGAGGCUGUCCCAGAGCCCUCAGCUGUGGCUGUCAGAGAUCUUUCAGCUGAGGUCCCGGAGCCCUUGGCUGUGAUGGUCCCUGGGCCACUGGCCAUGGCUGUACUAGAGCCAUCACCUGAGGCUAUCCCAGAGCCUGUGGCCUUGGUUGAGCCAGAGCAUGUUACCAUUCCUGUGCCAAUUGUUUCUGCCCUGGAGCCUGCUGUACCUGUCCUGGAACCAGCAGUAUCAGUUCAACCUAACAUUAAUUCAGAACCACCUGUUGCUGUCCAAGAACCUACAGUGACAGUUGCAGAGCCUGCUGUCACUGUCUCAGAGCAGACUCAAAUAAUACCAACGGAGAUGGUUUUAGAGUCUCCAUCUGUGCUGCUGAAGUCUGGUGUUAUAACAGGAAUUAAUUUAAUAUCUACUUCAAGAUCUUAUCAUACUCCAGAGAUUGGUAUGCAGGAGGUUUCCAUGCAAUCAGAUGAAAAGCCACAUGCUGAAGAGCACCUGAAGAAUGACUCUUAUGAAAGUGAACAUGGUAUAAAUAGAGACCUUGAUAUAAACAAUCAUUUCAUUGCUAAAGAGAUGGAACAUAGCACAGUGUCCACUGCCAGCACUGGUGCUGUUGGUGAAACUGGUGAAGAGAACAUUUUGGCCGUCAGUGAGACUGAACAAUGCACAGUAUUGGCUACCUGCCCUAGUGUUAGUGAAGCUGAUGUAGGAGGAACUCUAUCUUCUGCUAGUCCUCUUGCUGUUGAACCUGAUACAUUGGGAACUAGUAAGGGUAUUGAAUUUGCCACAGUAUCUGCUCUCAUUUCAGUUAGUAAAUAUGAUGUUGAAACUACUCAAGAUACUGAACAUGACAUGGUGAUUUCCACUAGCCCCAGUGGUGGUAGUGAGGCUGACAUAGAGGUACCUUUGCCUGCUAAAGACAUUCAUCUUGACUUGCCAUCUAAUAACUUUAUUAGCAAUGAUACAGAAGGACCGUUACCUAUAAAAGAGAGUGACCAGACAUUAGCAGUUGCUCUCAGCCCUAAAGAAAGUAGUGAAGAUAAAGAGGUACCACUCCCUACUAAAGAGACAGUGUCUGAAUCUGGAUUUCCUGUCAAUACUGAAGAUAUUAACGAAGCAGAUUUAGUGAGACUAUUACUUCCUAAGGACAUGGAACGUCUGACAAGCCUCGGAGCUGGUAUUGAAGGACCUUUACUUGCAUGUGAAGCGGAACGUGACAAAGCUGCUGCCAGUCCAGUUGUAAUGAGUAUGCCAGAAAGAGCUUCAGAGUCAUCUUCAGAGGAAAAAGAUGAUUAUGAAAUUUUUGUGAAAGUUAAGGACACACAUGAAAAAAGCAAGAAAAAUAAGAAUCAUGAUAAAGGUGAGAAAGAAGAGAAAAGAGACUCUUCACUAAGAUCUCGAAGUAAGCGGUCCAAGUCUUCAGAACACAAAUCACGCAAGCGUACCAGUGAAUCUCGUUCUAGGGCAAGGAAGAGAUCAUCUAAGUCCAAGUCUCCUCGCUCUCAAACACGUUCAAGGUCACGUUCAAGACACAGAAGGAGGAGCAGCAGGUCAAGAUCAAAGUCUAGAGGAAGGCGAUCUGUAUCAAAAGAGAAGCGCAAAAGGUCUCCAAAGCACAGAUCCAAGUCCAGGGAAAGAAAAAGAAAAAGAUCAAGCUCCAGGGAUAAUCGGAAAACUGUGAGAGCUCGGAGUCGAACCCCAAGUUGGCGGAGUCGGAGUCACACUCCAAGUCGUCGAAGAAGAUCUAGAUCUGUGGGGAGAAGGAGCUUUAGCAUUUCCCCAAGCCGGAGGAGCCGCACUCCAAGCCGGAGGAGCCGCACCCCAAGCCGACGGAGCCGAACUCCUAGCAGACGGAGAAGAUCCAGGUCUGUGGUGAGAAGACGAAGCUUCAGUAUAUCACCAGUCAGGUUAAGGCGAUCACGAACACCCUUGAGAAGAAGGUUUAGCAGAUCUCCCCUCCAACGUAAACGAUCCCAAUCUUCGGAAAGAGGCAGAUCACCUAAACGUCUGACAGAUUUGAAUAAGGCUCAAUUACUUGAAAUAGCCAAAGCUAAUGCAGCUGCCAUGUGUGCUAAGGCUGGUGUUCCUUUACCGCCAAACCUAAAGCCUGCACCGCCACCUACCAUAGAAGAGAAAGUUGCUAAAAAGUCAGGAGGAGCUACUAUUGAAGAACUAACGGAGAAAUGCAAACAGAUUGCACAGAGUAAAGAAGGUGAUGAUGUAAUAGUGAAUAAGCCUCAUGUUUCGGAUGAAGAGGAAGAAGAACCUCCUUUUUACCAUCAUCCCUUUAAACUCAGUGAACCCAAACCCAUUUUUUUCAACCUGAAUAUUGCUGCAGCAAAGCCCACUCCUCCAAAAAGCCAGGUCACAUUAACAAAAGAGUUUCCUGUGUUGUCUGGAUCUCAGCACCGAAAAAAAGAAGCAGACAGCGUUUACGGAGAGCGGGUUCCUGUGGAUAAAAAUGGUGAAGAAAACAAAGAUGAUGAUAAUGUUUUCAGCAGCAAUCUGCCCUCUGAGCCUGUGGACAUCUCUACAGCAAUGAGUGAGCGGGCACUUGCUCAGAAAAGACUAAGUGAGAAUGCAUUUGACCUUGAAGCCAUGAGCAUGUUAAAUCGAGCUCAGGAACGGAUCGAUGCCUGGGCUCUGCUGAACUCUAUUCCUGGCCAGUUCACUGGAAGUAGGGGAGUACAGGUCUUGACACAAGAACAGUUGGCCAAUAUUGGUGCCCAAGCCUGGAUUAAAAAGGAUCAAUUCUUAGGACCAGCCCCAGUAACUGGAGGAAUGGGAGCCAUUUUGAUGAGAAAAAUGGGCUGGAGAGAAGGAGAAGGAUUAGGAAAAAACAAAGAAGGACAUAAGGAACCUAUCCUAGUUGAUUUCAAGACUGACCAAAACGGUCUUGUGGCUGUAGGAGAAAGAGCACAGAAGAGGUCUGGGAACUUCUCUGCUGCAAUGAAAGAUCUGUCAGGCAAACAUCCUGUGUCUGCCUUGAUGGAAAUCUGUAAUAAGAGAAGGUGGCAACCACCUGAAUUUCUCUUGAUCCAUGAUACUGGCCCUGAUCAUCGCAAGCAUUUUCUCUUUAGGGUAUUGAUAAAUGGAAGCGCUUACCAGCCCAGCUUUGCCAGCCCUAAUAAGAAGCAUGCUAAAGCCACAGCAGCUACUGUGGUUCUUCAAGCAAUGGGCCUUUUACCAAAGGACCUCAUGGCUAAUGCCACUUGCUUCAGGAGUGCCUUACGUAGAUAGGUUCAAGUUUUAUAUUAAUCAUUUCAGAUAAUUCUACUCCGCAUCAAAAUGUAUUUCCUUUUUAAUGUUGUAAAUAUUUGGCAAUUUAAAACAUUGUGUAAAAACCAAUCUGUACAAACAUCUCCCGGCUUUGAUUUUUGUACCAUGGAAAUUGUAUUUAACCAUACAGGGUUUUGGUAUGUUUAUAUUGUUUACCUUAGUGAUGUAUUUGUUUAAGUGGCUAACAUCCAAACGAUUGUUUGAAGGCAUCCAUAAUCUUCAGUGUGGAAUGUUAAAUUACGCUUUUAUACUGUAUUUUGUACUAUGAUGUAACUCCCCUUCCUUAUGGCUAGACUGCUGUAACACUUGCCUGUAAUCAGUGAAGGGCUGUGCACCUUGUACUAGUUCACAAUGGGUUCAGCUGGACAGAUACUGGGGCCAGUGUUAUUGAUGUAAUCAAGCAAGAUCUGUUCCACAGGGCUGAAGCCACCAUCUCCCCUUAAAAUUUUGUAGAAGUUAUAAAAAGAAAGUGGUAUGUUGUGUGAUGAUCAGCACUAAGUCCUGCAUUCCCGUCAAAGCCACUUGGGCCAUGAGAAGGGAGUCAAAAUGAAGUCUGACUAGAAUUCUACUGCAGAGGCCAAGUCCAUUUAAUAUGGCAUUGAGUUGUGAUAUAGUUUUACUUUGAUGUGCAUUUUGAAUUUCAGCUACACCUAGAUAGACGUAAAAUGAUAAUUAAAAUGCUGUAACCAACUUAUCUAAUAAAAUUGGCACCCAGCCACUAUUU